GUUAAGGGCGGGGCUCCUUUAAAUAUUAAUUGGGAUUCCUAAUUCUAUCAUUCGUGGGUUAGGGUUAGGGUAUAUAGGAACAAUCGAGAGAGUAAUUGGGCAAAAAUAGGAACAAUCGAAUCGAGAGAGAGUAAUCUAAUCGAAAGAGAGAGAUGUCGUACCUUUUACCACACUUGCACUCCGGAUGGGCAGUAGAUCAGGCCAUCCUGGCCGAAGAAGAGCGUCUCGUCGUCAUCCGAUUCGGCCACGACUGGGACGAAACCUGUAUGCAGAUGGAUGAAGUGUUGGCAUCAGUUGCUGAGACUAUAAAGAAUUUUGCUGUGAUUUACCUUGUGGACAUUACGGAGGUGCCUGAUUUUAACACAAUGUAUGAGCUUUAUGAUCCAUCCACAGUCAUGUUCUUCUUUAGGAACAAGCACAUAAUGAUUGAUCUUGGUACUGGUAAUAAUAACAAGAUCAACUGGGCUCUCAAGGACAAGCAGGAGUUCAUUGACAUUGUUGAGACUGUCUACCGAGGGGCAAGGAAGGGUCGUGGUCUUGUAAUUGCACCAAAGGACUAUUCCACGAAGUAUCGUUAUUGAGUACUUAUGCAAAUUGUAGUUGAUUUGAAACUUGUAAGAUUAUCAUUCUGAAAACUGUUGCGUAGAACUUCUGUUGAAAUUAAUUGACUCUGAAUGUGUUGGUUUACAAAUCAGCAGACACCUUAUAUAAGAGAGUGAUACAUUAAGAGAAUCAAAUCUUGCAGUUAUUUAA